UUUCUCUUCUUUCCCCUUAUCUCCUCAUUUCACUUCACUUCACUUGGUUCGUCACGAAACAUCUCCUCCGACAUCGUCGUUAUUCAACACCAAGUCUCGACCGAGCAUAAGUUUGCAAAGGCCAACUAUUAUCCUUCAUUAGGUCAAGCCGAAUCACAUUUUCGAUCCUUGCCUUGUCUAAGAAGCUUCCAGUGCGCUGGGACAAGACUCUCAUACUUGCGAUGAACGAAAAGCCCUGAUUCACCCGAAAAUUCUCAGUGAUGACUUCCUACACGGCUGGAAUCAACGUCCUGGGCACUGCGCAUGGUUCUUCAUUCAAGAGCCCCAAUUUCACAACCCCAAGGGCUUUGUUUUUAGGUCAGAGACUAGGCCAAACGUCGCCAUCAAAUGGCUUUAUGUUUAUGACCCCGACAUCCAAUUUCGUUAGAAGAGUCGGACCGCUUCGCAUAGUCAACAAGAAAGUUGAAGAUAUCGAUUUAGGAACGACGAACUUGGUCGUUGGGGCUUUUGAGAAAUUGAAGGAUGCCGAGAAACAAAGAAUAAAUGAGUUAGAAGAACUUGAUAACAAGGCGAACAUGCAGUUAGAGAGACAGCUUGUCAUGGCUUCAAAUUGGAGCAGGGCCUUGUUGACUAUGCGUGGGAAGUUAAGGGGAUCAGAGUGGGAUCCUGAGAACUCACACAGGAUUGACUUCAGUGACUUUUGGAGACUCCUGAACUCAAAUAACGUCCAGUUUAUGGAGUACUCAAACUAUGGCCAAACAAUAUCAGUGAUUCUACCUUACUACAAAGAUGAGAAAAUGGAAGGAGCAAAAGGAAAUUCAAAAAAGGAGGUUAUUUUUCGGCGUCAUGUUGUUGACCGGAUGCCAAUAGACAGUUGGAAUGAUGUUUGGCAGAAGUUGCAUCAGCAAAUAGUAAAUGUUGAGGUUCUGAAUGUUGAUACAGUACCUGCUGAAAUAUAUUCUACCGUUGCAACUGCAGUCAUAUGGUCUAUGCGGCUUGCGUUGUCUAUUGUAUUGUAUCUCUGGAUUGACAACUUGAUGCGGCCAAUUUAUGCAAAGUUAAUACCUUGUGAUUUAGGAACUCCUAGCAAAAAAACCAGGCAGCCACUCAAGCGUCGUGCACUUGGAUCAUUAGGCAAGAGCCGGGCAAAAUUUAUAUCAGCAGAAGAAUCUACUGGCAUUACCUUUGAUGAUUUUGCUGGCCAGGAAUAUAUAAAGCGGGAACUGCAGGAGAUCGUUAGAAUUUUAAAGAACGAUGAAGAGUUUCAAGACAAAGGCAUCUAUUGCCCAAAAGGUGUACUUCUUCAUGGACCUCCAGGAACUGGCAAAACACUUCUGGCUAAAGCUAUUGCUGGCGAAGCAGGACUGCCUUUCUUUGCAGCAAAUGGCACUGAUUUUGUAGAGAUGUUUGUAGGUGUCGCAGCAUCUCGUGUCAAGGAUUUAUUUGCUAGUGCCAGAAAAUUCUCACCAUCCAUUAUAUUUAUUGAUGAGAUAGAUGCCAUUGGUAGCAAACGUGGUGGACCUGAUAUUGGUGGGGGUGGUGCAGAAAGGGAACAAGGCCUGCUUCAGAUACUAACAGAGAUGGAUGGAUUUAAAGAGUUUACCUCACAGGUGCUAGUUAUAGGUGCAACAAAUAGAUUAGAUAUCCUUGAUCCUGCUCUAUUGAGAAAGGGCCGCUUUGACAAGAUUAUAAGAGUUGGUUUGCCAUCAAAGGAUGGUAGACUGGCCAUCUUGAAGGUGCAUGCUAGAAAUAAAAUUUUUCGUUCUGAAGAGGAGAAGGAGGUUCUCCUUCAGGAAAUUGCAGAGCUUACAGAGGAUUUCACGGGUGCAGAGUUGCAGAACAUACUGAAUGAAGCUGGAAUUUUGACUGCCAGGAAGGACUUAGAUUUCAUCGGACGAGAAGAGCUUCUGGAGGCUUUGAAAAGGCAAAAGGGCACGUUUGAAACAGGUCAGGAAGAUAGUACUGAAAUUCCAGAGGAACUAAAACUGAGAUUGGCAUAUCGAGAAGCAGCUGUUGCUGUCCUUGCCUGCUACUUUCCUGAUCCAUACCACCCUUUCACUGAGACAGAUAUAAAAUCCAUCCGUAGUCAGCCAAAUAUGCGCUACACUGAAAUAUCAGGGAAGGUCUUCUCAAGAAAAUCGGAUUUUGUAAACUCUAUAGUGCGUGCAUGUGCUCCUAGAGUUAUUGAGGAGGAGAUGUUUGGAGUUGACAACUUGUGUUGGAUAUCUGCAAAGGCCACAUUAGAAGCUUCGAGGCUUGCAGAAUUUCUUAUUCUGCAGACAGGAAUGACAGCAUAUGGAAAAGCAUACUACAGGAAUCAAAGUGAUCUUGUGCCAAAUCUUGCAGCCAAGCUUGAAGCACUUCGAGAUGAAUAUAUGCGUUAUGCUGAGGACAAAUGUUCAUCUGUACUAAGGGAGUACCAUUCAGCUGUAGAGACAAUUACAGAUAUUUUACUUGAAAAGGGAGAGAUUAAAGCUGAAGAAAUUUGGGACAUAUAUAAAAGGUCUCCUCGGAUACCUCAGCCUGCAGUGAAGCCGGUUGAUGAAUAUGGAGCCCUAAUUUACGCUGGGCGAUGGGGAAUCCAUGGGGUCACACUCCCCGGGAGAGUUACAUUUUCACCUGGAAAUGCUGGAUUUUCAACCUUUGGUGCUCCCCGCCCUAUGGAGACCCAACGAGUCAAUGAUAAAACUUGGAAGCUGAUAGAUAACAUAUGGGAUGAAAGAGUUCAAGAAAUUAAAGCUGAAGCUUCGGCAGAGGUUGAAGAAGACAAAGAGGUCCCACAACUUUUAAUGGCCAGCCAUUUCUUCUGAAACAGGAACGUUUCUUGUAAAAAGCCUGUUUUGUGAGAUCAGAGGAUGGUUGAACUCACGAUUUAUCCUCAAGUAUAUAGGAUGGAGUUGGCAGCAUUGUCAGAUGAAUUUCAACGAAGAUGACUGUUCUGUGCCAUGACGAAAAGCACAGGUAAUCAUAAUCAUCAUCCGGCGAACUGUAGUUUAUAGAACACGUUAUCAAGACAUUCAAAGUGAUACUAAAAGUAGGGGUUAGAACAAAAUUAAUUUGUUGAUGAUUCGAGUGUUGGAUAAAAGACAAAACGACGAUUAUAAUGCUGUAGCAAAGAAAAGUGAUUAUGAAAAGUAGCAGGUUUUGUUUUCA